ACUAGUUUGCGGAGUCUCCUUUCUCUCGGCUCCCACCCUGAACAAGAGCCCAUGGACUCCUCUGUGAUGGACCCUGCCGAGCACGGCUCAGUCCUGCUCAGGCAGCUGGAGAGGAUGAGAACCGCUGAGGAGCUCACAGACGUGGUGCUGCUGGCUGAGGGGAUUCCCUUUCCUUGCCACAAGGUUGUGCUGACUGCAUUCAGCCCUUACUUCCAGGCCAUGUUCACAUGUGGUCUGAGAGAGACCCGGGGAGGAGAGGUACCACUCAGAGACACUCCCGCUAACAGCCUGGGUCUGCUGCUGGGCUACAUGUACCGAGCUGAACUCCCCCUCUCCAAUGACAACAUCCAGGCAGUGGCUGCUGCUGCCUUCCUGCUCCAUGUGGACGGAGCCUUCAGGUUGUGUCAGAGCCACAUGGAAACCAGUAUGGACCCCUCCAACUGUGUUGCUCUAUACCACUGGGCCAGAGACCUGGGGGCCACUGGUUUGGCUGACUGCGCCUUAAGAUACCUCUGCCAGCACUUUGCACAGGUUUGUGAAGAAGACGAAGUGCUGGACCUGGACGCCCAAAGCCUUGGGGAUCUCCUGCGUUCAGAUGACCUCAACAUAUCACAGGAGGAGAUGGUGCUGGAGCUAGUGCUGCGUUGGAUGGAGAGGCGAAGAGGGGACUCGCAGAGCGAAGCUCAGGCUGCGGAGCUGCUCAGGCUUGUCCGUCUGGAGCUUGUGGACCCUGGAUUCCUCCGCAAAGCCAGGAGGAGAAACCCAGUAUUGCUUCGGGAUGCGGAGUGCUUUGGGAUGAUUGAUGCUCUCCAGACCUCAGGUCUUUGUGAGACAUCGGUUCCGUCUCGUCCGGCUCUUCGUUACGGCAUGGAGGCCACUGACCUGCUGCUCUGUUUGGGUGGGGUUGAUAAGGAUGGAGUGCCCGCCCGUCGCGGAGGACUUGCUGACCUCAGUUGGUGCUUUGCCCCCCAUGCUAGAAAAACUUGCUACAUCCCCUCUCCAUUGAGGGCCUGUGGAGGUACGGGACAGAUCACAGCAGGGGCAGUGACACGGGACAAUAACAUAGUGGUGGCCAUUGAAACAUUCGACCAACACAGGAGGAAGAAGUUGGAUAUCUACAGGUACGAUAGUUCCGAGGAGAGCAGCUGGGCGGAGCUGUGCUCAGUAGCACACAGGGACAUGUACGCUUUGGGGCUCAUCGGCGACGCACUUUACAUGAUAGGGGGUCAGAUGAAAAUGCACAAUCACUACAUCAUCACAGACAGCGUGGAGAGGUGGUCACUGAAGAGAGGAGGCAGCUGGCUCAGCUUCGCCCCUCUGCCUCUACCGUUGGCCUGCCACUGCGCCGUGAGCCUGAAGGACCGUCUGUAUGUGCUCGGGGGCUGGACACCACAGGAUCAGCCGGACGACGACCCUGACAAGUUGAGUAACCGCGUGUUUCAGUUUGACCCGAGCAAGGACAGGUGGACCGAGUGUUCCAGGAUGAAGUACUCAAGGUACCGCUGCGGCACUGCUGUCCUCAAUGGAGAAAUCUACGUAUUAGGUGGCAUAGGAUGCGAUGGAGCAGACCGCGGACAAUCACGCUGCUGUCUGAGCUCUGUGGAGAUCUAUAGCCCAGAUACAGACACAUGGAGGGCAGGACCAGCCCUGCCCACUACUCUGCUCUCCCUCCGAACCAACGCCACCAAUAUAGGAGUAGUGGAGGGAAAGCUCUACCUCUGUGGAUACUACAAGGGGGCAGGCCGUCAUGAGAUCAUCACCAAGGAGAUUUUGGAACUGGAUCCUGCGGACAAUGUGUGGACGGUGGUGGAAAGACGAGCAGCCAUGCACGACAGCUAUGACGUCUGUCUGGUGGCUAACCUCAAUCCUCGAAACCUCUUCACGCCCUAA